AUGAAUGAGGAUGUUGAUCAUUUGAAAUGUGUGUUUGAAGUGCUCAGGCAAAAACAACUCUAUGCCAAUGUGGCAAAAAGCCCUUUUUGUGUUGAUGAAGUUAUUUUCUUGCGUUUUGUUGUGAGCUCAAGGGGCGUUGAGAUAGAUGAAUCCAAAAUACACGCUAUUAAUAAUUGGCCAACUCCUAAAUCUAUCGGUGAUAUGAGAAGCUUUCAUGGAUUGGCUAGUUUCUAUAGGCAGUUUAUUAAGGGAUUUAGCACCAUAGCCGCUUCCUUGACCGAGGUAAUCCGAAAGCGUAAACCUUUUUCUUGGGGUGAGGAGCAAGGAAAGGCUUUUGAGACUUUGAAAGCUAUGCUUAGCUCCGCACCAUUGUUGCAAUUACCCAAUUUUGAGAAAAUGUUUGAAAUUGCAUAUGAUACUAGCAA